AUGGAAUCCAAACUACAUCCAGCCUCAAUUGUUUCCAAUAUCAAAAGUCUCAUCCCAAUUACGUUGGAGAUGGAGACAGGCCAAUACGCAUCCUGGAGCGAGCUCUUUAAAAUUCAAUGUCGAGCUUUUCUCGUCAUCGAUCACCUAUCUCCCAAACCUACCGAAUCUUCUGCUUCUUCCUCCCAAACCGGCGACAAAGACGGCAAAGACAAGUCCACCCCACCACCUCCCGAGUCCUCAUGGGAUCGUCUUGACGCUAUCGUCCUACAAUGGAUUUAUAGCACUAUUUCUAACGACCUUCUGCACACUAUCUUGAAGCCAAACACAACUGCAUACGAGGCUUGGAAGACACUUGAAAACAUCUUUCAAGAUAACAAAAGCACUCGUGCUAUUCAUCUGCUACAAAAGUUCUCCAACACCCAACUUGACGCCUACCCAAACAUGUCUGCAUAUUGUCAAUAA